AUCUGGAAAGAUUUCAAAGCUGAAACCACAAUGUGAUUUGGUUUAGUGUCCUUUAGCAGGUGAUCUAAAUCCGACUGAGACAAGAGAGUAAAAUGAUCUUUUUAGGCAGAAGACACGUCCCUCUGUGUUGCACUCUCCUCUUUUGUCUACUCAUCGGUUGUGUGUCUGCAGAAACUACCAUAACCACAGUGGGGCAAGAUGUUACUUUGAAUUGCAACUAUGAUGCUGGGUACUACGGCAGGCUUCCUGUAUGCUGGGGUCGAGGAGACAUCCCCAACAGAGGCUGUGCCAAUGAAGUUAUCAAGUCAGACGGGACGUCAGUGCUCCGAAGACUGUCAGAGCGUUACCUAUUAAGUGGUAACCUUGGUGAGGGUGAUGUGUCGCUGACCAUCAAGCAGGCUCAGGAGAGUGACUCAGGAACGUAUGGCUGCCGUGUGGAUAUACCGGGCUGGUUCAAUGAUCACAAACACCAGCUGACUCUGACGGUAGUGGCAGUGCGCCCUGAUCCUCUGAAGGUGGAAGCAGGAGAGGUGAAGGAAAGAACUGUCACUGUUCGCUGGACUCCUGUGUUUGAUGGCGGCAAGCCCAUUACACAUUACAGGAUUGAUCUAAAAAACAAACAGGCAUCAUGGGACACUGCAAUAACAACUCAAGUCUCAAAUCCUGAAUUGACUCAGCUGACUCUGGUGGAUCUGCGACCUGCCAAGAGCUACAACCUUCGCAUGUUUGCUACCAACAGUGUGGGUAUGAGCGAGGCCAGCAAUGUUCUGACAGUCACAACAAAAGAAGCAGCACCAGAGGGUCCUCCGCUGGAUAUGAAGCUUGAGGCGCUCACUUCUCACAGCAUCAAAGUCACCUGGAAGCCUCCGAGGCUCGAUCUGAGAAAUGGAGUUCUUCGAAGUUACAGCAUUAGCUACAGAGAGUAUGACCCUGCUGGCAGACAGUUUAAAAGGUGGCAGCACUUAAGUGUGACAGCCACACGGGAACUGGAGAGCGUCAUCCUGAGCAACCUGAACCCUUCCACCAAAUACGGCGUGCUUGUACAGGCCAAAACAAAUGCAGGAAUUGGACCUGCCUCAACGGCACCUCUCUGCUCCACUCUUGAUAAGGUUCAACAAACUUCAACAGCGUCAACUAUUAUGACUACUUCCAUUGCCGCCACAGUGUGGAUAGAAGACACUACAAGUUUCACUUCAGGUCAUACAACUUCAACAGUUGAGACAACAGUUGAGACAACAGUUGAGACAACAGUUGCUGCUGCCACAGUCUGGGGAGACAGCACUACAACUAUCAUGUCAGUGCCCCCGGAUCCCCCAGUGGUUGAAUUAAAGGAGGUCAAAGACAAUGCAAUUUCUCUUUUAUGGACUCCUGGGUUUGAAGGUGACAGCCCCAUUACUGGAUAUUACCUGGAGUAUAAAGCAGUCAAUGCCUCGUGGGAUUACACAAAGACAGUUGUAGACUUCGGCCCCAACCAGACAGAGGCUACAAUCAUAGAGAUAAAUCCCUCAAAAUACAACAUCCGCAUGUUUGCCAAGAACAGUCUGGCCACCAGUAAAGCUAGCAACGUCCUUACCAUCACCACAGGAGAAACAGGUCAUCGUGGGGGUGUUCUCGUUACAACCUUAUUUCCUGGCACUCAAGCUCCUGUGAUCGCCGAGGAGAGUCCAAGUGGUCACCUAGCGGCCAUCGUGGUGCCGGUUGUGCUGGUGGUGUUGAUUGUUGCCAUAUUAACCACUUGGCAACUAAGACGAAUAAGGCACAAAAAGGGCAGCGUCAACAUGUGGCUGGCCAGUGGAGUGCUACGUUACAGAGGAUCUGAGUCACUACAAGAGCUGUAAAAUUCUCAGUUAACUCUUUACACAAAUAAUAAAUAAGCAGACAGAAUGAAUGAAAUUUGCAAAAGAAUAUUUAAUUUCUGUUAAUUAGUUAUGUCAUUAAGAAGAUUGAGGAGAUUAGGUGAUUCAAACUAACCAAACGAAUAGGCCUAAAUAAUCUCUGCUUUGGAAACACUGACUAAAUAAGCUCUAAUCACAACACCAUUGUACUUUAGAUUUUAUACCUACAAUACCAUACCAGUAUGUCUUUUGUACUAGCCUACUUCUACUGUAUAUUAGCCUACUGUGGGCCUCCUAUAUUGUUUUGUUGCAGCACUUUUUGCAUUUGUUCAUUUGUUUCAUCUUUUUCUAACUAUACCGGCAAACUGCUGUUUACACUUUUAUAAGCAUCAACAGGUCAUUAAAUCAAUUAUUUUAUUUUUAUAUCGCUUUAUGGAAUUGUACUACAUCUUUAAUCAUUUGCCUUUAGGGUAAUAAAUGUCCACAGUGUUUGCUGGUCAA